AUGUUCGCCCAUCUCCCUCGUCGCAUUCGCGACAAGUGGUACCCCGAGCCGAUGCCCCCAGCUGGUAGCUUUGAAGGCCAGACAGUGCUAGUUACAGGUGCAACGAGUGGCCUUGGUCUAGCAGCUGCCACGCAUUUCGUAGCUCUAGGUGCCAAUGUCAUUGUGACGGCUCGCAACAAGACUGGCGGCGAAAUUGCCCAGCGGAAGAUCAUGGCCAGUGCUGGUGCUACGAACCAUGCAAAGGUGAAGGUCAUGGAGUUGGACAUGAGUCGCUACUCCUCAUGUAUGGAUUUCUUCAACGAGCUGAAAGAGCAUCGAUCUGGAGAAGGGGGUCUUGACUGUGCGGUGUUGAAUGCUGGCUGCAUCAACCGUCACUUCACGGAAAGCCCCGAGGGAAGAGAGCAGACAAUCCAGGUGAAUGCCUUGAGCACGACGCUCUUGGGGCUCCUCAUCUCGAAGUGGAUGAAACAGGAGAGACCCAACCGAAUAACGCCAGCUCAUCUUGUUUUCAUCAGCUCUCGAUCUCACAUCGCGCCUGACUUCAUGAAGUGGCCAGGAUACUCGAAUAAUGGGGGUCUAUUGAACCGUCUCUGCGCUGAGGAGAACUUCCCUCUGGAUGUCGAGAACCCUAACUAUCCUAACAGCAAGCUGUUGUUGAUGUACAACAUCGAGGAGAUGUCCAAGCAGGCUCUAGGGCAGGACGGAACACCACAAGUGAUUGUAAACUCAGUCUGCCCGGGUAUCGUCUACACGGAUAUCGCGAGUCCAAAGGCCCACGAGCCCCUGUUAAGGCAACUAGUUGUCCGCUUGUUCAUGACUUUGAUUGGAAAGAAACCAGAGUAUGGCGCGCGAUUCUAUGUAAAAGCGGCGCUGAAAACCCCCGAAGAGCAUGGCACGUUCGUGGAGUCACUAGACACUGAAGAGGGGUACCGCGAGUAA